CUGCUCAUCUUCAGGAGGUSCUGCUCCAAGGAGUCGGCCUGUCCUCUGCCAGUUUGUCCAAACCGGCUGCAGACUACGUGUCUGCCUUGGUGGACAACGUCAUGGUGCUGGGAGUGAGAGACACAUCACUGGCCAGUUUGAUGCCAGCAGUCAACAACCUCACAAGUGAACAUCUGAAAGCAGAAAAGUCAAACGAACAACUCGAGMGAGAACUACGGGCGCUCAGAAAGCGGCUUGGUGCAACUCUGAUGCUGCGGGGAACCUUACAAGAAGAUAUUGAGAAAACGAUCAAAUUUGAAACGGUGGAGAGCGCCAAAGCAGAGGAGAGGAUGCUCAACAUGGAUUUUGUGACGGCAAAAGCCAGAGAGCUCAGUAACCAUCGGGAGAGAUCUGAGGCUCAACUUGUAGCCAGGAAGAUGGACAAGUCUAUUACCCACCAGGCCAUUGUGCAGCUCUCUGAGGAAGUCGGUGCGCUGAAAAACCAAAUAAUGCCCCUGAAAAAGAAACUGGAGCCCUACAUGGAUCUGAGUCCUAGCCCAUCUCUGGCAGUAGUGAAAAUAGAAGAAGCAAAAAGAGAACUUGCGGCACUUGAUUCCCAACUUGAAAAAAAUACGGA